UGCCUGGUCGACGGGACAUGGCCAACGUCUCCAAAAAGGUGUCGUGGUCCGGACGCGACGUGGACGACGACGAGGCGGCGCCGCUGCUACGGAGGGCGGCGCGCCCGGGGGCGCCGGCCGGGGAGGCCACGCCGCUGCUGAACGGGGCCGGGCCCGCGGCCGUGCGCGCGUCGCCCCAUUCAGCAUUUUUCCGGAUUGGACAGAUGAGCAACGUGGAACUGGAUGAUGAGCUUCUGGACUCUGACACGGACCCCCUUCACCCCUUCCCCAAGGAGAUUCCGCACAACGAGAAGCUUCUGUCCCUCAAGUAUGAGAGCUUGGACUAUGACAACAGCGAGAACCAGCUGUUCCUGGAGGAGGAGCGGCGCAUCAAUCACACAGCCUUUCGGACUGUGGAGAUCAAGCGCUGGGUCAUCUGUGGCAUGAUUGGGAUCCUCACGGGCCUCGUGGCCUGCUUUAUCGACAUCGUGGUGGAGAAGCUGGCCGGCCUCAAGUACAGGGUAGUCAAGGACAGUAUCGACAGGUUCACGGCACGGGGCGGGCUGUCCUUCUCCCUCCUGCUGUGGGCCUCGCUCAAUGUGGCCUUUGUGCUCCUGGGCUCUGUGAUCGUUGCCUUCAUAGAGCCGGUCGCUGCUGGCAGCGGGAUCCCCCAGAUCAAGUGCUUCCUCAACGGGGUGAAGAUCCCCCAUGUGGUCCGGCUCAAGACCCUAGUGAUCAAAGUGUCCGGCGUGAUCCUGUCCGUCGUUGGGGGACUGGCCGUGGGGAAGGAGGGACCAAUGAUCCACUCGGGCUCCGUGAUUGCUGCUGGGGUCUCCCAGGGGAGGUCCACGUCACUGAAGCGUGAUUUCAAGAUCUUCGAGUACUUCCGCAGAGACACAGAGAAGCGGGACUUUGUCUCAGCAGGAGCUGCGGCCGGAGUGUCUGCUGCGUUUGGGGCCCCUGUGGGUGGGGUCCUGUUCAGCUUGGAGGAGGGUGCAUCCUUCUGGAAUCAGUUCCUGACGUGGAGAAUCUUCUUUGCUUCCAUGAUUUCCACCUUCACCCUGAAUUUCGUCUUAAGCAUUUACCACGGAAACGUGUGGGAUCUGUCCAGCCCUGGUCUCAUCAACUUUGGAAGAUUUGACACUGAGACGAUGGUGUACACGAUCCACGAGAUCCCCAUCUUCAUCGCCAUGGGCGUGGUGGGUGGCAUUCUUGGAGCUGUGUUCAACGCCUUGAAUUACUGGUUGACGAUGUUUCGAAUCAGGUACAUCCACCGGCCCUGCCUUCAGGUGAUCGAGGCCAUGCUGGUGGCUGCUGUCACGGCCACGGUUGCCUUCGUGCUGAUUUAUUCAUCCCGGGAUUGCCAGCCCCUGCAGGGGAGCUCUGUGUCCUAUCCCCUUCAGCUCUUCUGUGCCGAUGGCGAGUAUAAUUCGAUGGCUGCAGCCUUCUUCAACACCCCAGAGAAGAGUGUGGUCAGCCUUUUCCACGACCCCCCAGGCUCCUACAACCCCAUGACACUCGGCCUCUUCACCCUGGUCUACUUCUUCUUGGCCUGCUGGACCUACGGGCUCACGGUAUCGGCCGGUGUCUUCAUCCCAUCCCUGCUCAUUGGAGCUGCCUGGGGCCGGCUCUUUGGCAUCUCCCUGUCCUACCUCACUGGGGCCGCGGUCUGGGCAGACCCUGGCAAGUAUGCCCUGAUGGGAGCAGCUGCCCAGCUGGGUGGGAUUGUGAGGAUGACGCUGAGCCUGACAGUCAUCAUGAUGGAGGCCACCAGCAACGUGACCUACGGCUUCCCCAUCAUGCUGGUGCUGAUGACCGCCAAGAUUGUGGGGGAUGUCUUCAUCGAGGGCCUGUACGACAUGCACAUCCAGCUGCAGAGUGUGCCCUUCCUGCACUGGGAAGCCCCAGUCACCUCACACUCGCUCACUGCCAGGGAGGUGAUGAGCACACCAGUCACCUGUCUGCGGAGGAGGGAGAAGGUGGGCAUCAUUGUGGAUGUGCUGAGCAGCACGGCGUCCAAUCAUAACGGCUUCCCAGUGGUGGAGGAUGCCGACGGCACGCAGCCAGCCCGGCUCCAGGGCUUAAUCCUGCGCUCCCAGCUCAUCGUCCUGCUCAAGCACAAGGUGUUCAUAGAACGCUCUUGUAUGGGCCUGCUACGGCGCCGGCUGCGGCUGAAGGACUUCCGUGAUGCCUACCCGCGCUUCCCCCCGAUCCAGUCCAUCCAUGUGUCCCAGGACGAGCGGGAGUGCACCAUGGACCUCUCCGAGUUCAUGAACCCCUCCCCCUACACGGUGCCCCAGGAGGCAUCCCUCCCGCGGGUGUUCAAGCUGUUUCGGGCCCUGGGCCUCAGGCACCUGGUGGUGGUGGACAACUGCAAUCAGGUGGUCGGGCUGGUGACCAGGAAGGACCUCGCCAGGUACCGGCUUGGGAAGGGGGGCCUAGAGGAGCUCUCUCUGGCCCAGACGUGAGGCCCUGGCCCCUCC